AUGUCCUCGGCGCGGGUCUCGCUCGCAGCGGCGUCGCACCUGCCCCCGCUCGGCGGGCCCGCACGGGCCGACGCGGCGCCCGCGGCCUGCGCCCUGCCGCCGCGCUUCGAGGGAGGGGCGGGGGGGGACCAGCCGGACCUCGAGAGCCCGCAGAACUGGUGCACGCUGCAGGAGCCCGUGACCGACACCAUCAUGAGGGACGUCAGGUCCAUCGGCGAGAAGCUGAUGUACGUGCUGAUGCCGAUCCAGGCCGUCGACCGGGGCCGGAAGCUGAAGGACUGGGACCUCUGGGGCCCGCUGCUGCUGUGCCUGGGCCUGGGGCUCAUCCUCGCCGUGCAGGCCGACAGCCAGGAGCAGGCGAGCUACGCCUUCGCGGACGUCUUCGUCACCAUCUGGGUGGGCUCCGCCGUCGUCACCUUCAACGCCCAGCUCCUCCAUGGCAAGGUGUCGUUCUUCCAGACCGUAUGCGUCUUGGGCUACUGCAUUUUCCCGCUGGUCAUCGCGGCAUUUCUGGCGAUGGUGCUGCGGAUUAGGUCGCUCAAGGCCGUCUUCGUUGCCAUAGGUCUCGCCUGGGCGGCCAAGGCUUCGGCGGGCUUCGUCUCCGAGCUGGUGCCGACGGAGAGGAGACUGCUCGGCCUGUAUCCGGUCAUGCUCUUCUACGCCGCCAUAGCGUGGAUGAUCCUGCUAGCGUGA